AUGGCGACCAACGGCACCAAAAUGGAUGGCCAGGUGACCGAACAGAACGAGGUGGCGUCUAACGACAAGCCCAAGUCGCUGGACGUCAAGCCCGAAAAGCAGAAAAAGGAGAUGCCGGACAGAGAAACGUGGGGAGGGAAAUUUGAUUUCCUCCUGUCGUGUGUGGGUUAUGCAAUUGGACUGGGCAACGUGUGGAGAUUUCCGUAUCUCUGUGGCAAAAACGGCGGAGGGGCCUUCUUGAUUCCCUAUUUUUUGACUCUCAUAUUUGCCGGGAUGCCCUUGUUCCUACUGGAAUGCUCCUUGGGUCAAUACACCUCAAUUGGGGGGCUUGGCGUGUGGAAACUGGCGCCUAUGUUUAAAGGCGUGGGCCUGGCGGCAGCCGUCCUUUCCUUCUGGCUUAACAUUUACUACAUUGUAAUCAUAUCCUGGGCUAUUUAUUACCUGUACAACUCCUUCACCGCUGACUUACCAUGGAGCUCAUGCAACAAUCCAUGGAACACAGAAAAGUGUUACACAAAUUAUUCCAUUGCAGACACCACCAACCUCACCAGCGCAGUGGUGGAGUUUUGGGAGCGCAAUGUGCACGAAAUGACCGACGGCUUGGAAAAGCCGGGCCAGAUUCGAGUGCCGCUUGCGAUAACGCUGGCCAUCGCUUGGGUCCUCGUCUACUUCUGCAUCUGGAAAGGGGUCAGCUGGACGGGGAAGGUGGUUUACUUCUCGGCUACAUAUCCCUACUUUAUGCUCUUCAUUCUCUUCAUCCGUGGAGUGACCCUGCCUGGAGCAAGAGAGGGAAUUUUGUUCUACAUCACCCCUGAUUUUGAAAAGCUCAAAGAAUCGGAGGUAUGGCUGGAUGCCGCAACCCAGAUCUUUUUUUCCUACGGUUUGGGAUUGGGGUCACUUAUAGCUCUCGGAAGCUACAACUCAUUCACUAAUAAUGUUUACAGAGACUCUAUUAUUGUGUGCUGCAUCAACUCGUGCACCAGCAUGUUUGCUGGCUUUGUGAUCUUCUCCAUUGUCGGCUUCAUGUCACACGUGACCAAGAAGGACAUUGCCGACGUGGCAGCUUCAGGUCCCGGCUUAGCCUUUCUGGCCUACCCUGAGGCUGUAACCCAGUUGCCUGUGUCUCCGCUGUGGGCUAUUCUGUUCUUCUCCAUGCUGCUCAUGCUGGGGAUCGACAGCCAGUUCUGCACCGUGGAGGGCUUCAUUACUGCUUUAGUCGAUGAAUUUCCCAGAGCACUUCGAGGUAGACGAGAGAUCUUCAUCGCAGUCGUCUGCCUGGUGUCUUACGUGAUUGGCCUUUCGAACAUCACGCAGGGUGGGAUUUAUGUGUUCAAACUCUUUGACUACUAUUCUGCCAGUGGAAUGUGUCUGCUCUUCUUGGUCUUCUUUGAAUGCAUCUCCAUAUCCUGGUGCUACGGCGUGAACAAGUUCUAUGACAACAUCGAGGAGAUGAUCGGCUACAAGCCUUGUGUGUGGUGGAAGAUGUGCUGGGUGGUGUUCACCCCCCUCAUCGUUGCUGGCGUGUUCUUGUUCAGUGCCGUACAAAUGGUUCCCCUCACGAUGGGAGACUAUGUGUUCCCCGGCUGGGGUCAGGGAGUGGGUUGGUUCAUGGCACUGUCUUCUAUGAUUCUCAUACCAGGAUACAUGAUUUAUAUGUAUCUUGGUCUCAAGGGCACCUACAAAGAGCGCCUUCGGAUAAUGCUUCAGCCUCCAGCAGUCGUCAGGCGACCGCAGGAAAACGGACCCGAGCAGCAGGUGGAAACCAACAUCGCUAACCUAUCCAGCCCAGCUAACCCAACUAACCCCGCCAGCCCGACCAAUCCGGUCCCUGCCAACCCAGCUCCGGUCAGUCCAACCAGCCCCGUAGCCCCCGCUAACCCGGCUCCACCCUCCAGUAAUCCGCCUGCCGCGGCCGCCAGCCCUGUGAAGCCGGCAACAAGUCCCACCAUCGUGACCACCAUCACCACGACCGCCACCACCACGGCCAUUGCGGUCAACCCGGCCACAGCGGCGGUCAGUCCAACAAGUCCUUCGCCAAGCCCAGCAAAUCCGACAGAGCCCGUUAACCCUCUGAACCCAGCGAGCGCGACCGCUAACCUGACCACUGCCGAGGCCAACGUGUAGACGACAAAGUAACCCUCUUGGAGCACGUAGACAAAAGAGAACAUUACAAAGGACCAAGAUUUUAAUUGAUUCACCUACCUCCAAGGGCAAUACGUGAUCGAAACAACAUUUUUCCCCAAUCGGACUUAAUUUUCCUACAUUUUCAAGCCAAUGAUGUCCCGUUGUUGGUUUGUAUUCCCAAAAAAAAAUAAAAUAAAAAAUAAUUGAAGACUGUUAGCGUGCACCGAUCCAACCGUAAAUCAGAGUAUAAAAAAAAUAAAAGAAAUAUACUGUGUAAUACUGUGAGAAAAGAAAAAAAUAGAGAUAUAGACUAGAAAUUUGUUGAAUAUCUUCAUGAAUCGAGUAAAUACCUGUGUGAAUAUAGUAGAUCAAGUAGUGUACAAAAUUGAAAUUGCUGACAACAGCAAGGGCCGUGUCAAUUUUAUCGUGGAUGUUUACGAAAUCUCACACGGUUGUCUCUUUUCCAAAAUGUCGCACUCUGCAAGGCAAAACGGAAGGCCAGAGCGCAGUCGAGGAGCUCGUGAGAAAGCACAACGCCAAUAAGAAGUUCAUGUUUAGACGUUUGUCGGAGCAAUCCGUCCAUGUUCGUGUGAGAGAGACUGUUAUUUUUCUUUCCUUUUUUUCGAUAAAAAACAAAAAGAAGAAAAAGAAGAAAAAAAAUGUAUGUCACGGAGACAUUUUUAAGCAUUAUUUUUAGGAGGUUUUAUACUCUUUGUUGUCGACGUGGCGGAGGACCAAAAUCAAUAGGCAGCCACAAGCAAAAACUAGGCCUAAGCCGUUUUAGCAUCCGGUUGGCAGAAGCACAGGGUACGAAGAAGUACAAAAAAAAAAAAAAAAAAGACGUUCAAAAGAAAAAAGAAAAAAAAACGCAGGGUUAAAGAAAGUGAAUUACUAACACAGACGUUCCCUUCAUUUUGACAGUCAGUCCUGUUUACAAUUUGCAUGCUUUCCUCAGGAACAUCAGUGAAAACUGGCUGAAAUUCCUGACCAAAAAAAAAACAAAAACAAAAAAAAAAAAAACCAACAAGAACAAAAAUUGGCCUGAAGCCGAAACCUCAAUUUCAACCAAGUCCCAGUCUGUUUUUACUUGACUGGGCACAACAACAACAACAACAACAACAAAUGAGCACAUCGUACGCUUGCACGGGAACCUGGACCAAGUCAGUGUUUUGAGUCAUGACUUUUCUGUAUGUGCAUUGAUCAGUUAUAGUUUGAUCAAUAUGUAUUCAGCAAUACAUAUGUAGAUAUAUAAACACGGGCCAGUAAGCAAGUGGUCCGUUUCUAUUUUUGUUCCUGUUGUCCUCGCUUUAUUUGUGACAAGCACAAAGCUUUAAUUUGCCCAGAUGUUUACCAUAGCGCGUUAGCACAAUGCUAGUUAGCUUCUGCGGCAGCUACUGAGGUAAAAAAAAAAGCGUCGGGGUUGGAACGUUCCGGUUUCACGGCGAAAAGCAAAACAACCGAGCGGAAAAUGGCUACACUUCAUGUCCUGUGGGUUUCUAUUUCUUUGUAUAAAGUUCAUCUACCGCAGUUUUCUCUGGAAAUUUGUUGUAAAUCUGUACUGUGUAAACGCGUAACUGUGAAUGUCUGUAAUACAUUGGAAGUUAAUGUCUAAAUGUUGAAAAAAAAAAAAAAUGGAGUUGCUGUUUUCUGCAAUAAUAUUUUGGUCACAGAAGCGAAAGCACAUAUCUGACAGAAAUAUACGAAAUGACAAUGAAGAUAUUGAUGAUUAUAUUAAAAAUAGAAACUAUGUCUAGUAAAACAAUAUUGUUUUGUAUAUUUUUAACUGUCUCACUGCCUAAUGUAAAACAUUAUAUAGACAUGAUAUGUAUUUAAAUGGUGUCAAAUGAUAA